AUGCCUCUGAUACGCAUCGAAGUAUCGGACUUCAAGUCCUACCGCGGUCACCAAGUUAUUGGCCCUUUCCGCAACUUCACGUCGGUGAUUGGGCCCAAUGGCGCAGGCAAAUCAAAUCUGAUGGACGCCAUUUCUUUCGUUCUUGGUGUAAAGAGCGCGCAGCUUCGCAGUAGCCAGUUGAAAGACUUGGUGUACCGUGGGCGGCGGCUUGCGAGCAGCGACGAUGCCGAACAGGAAGAGGAGGACGACAGAGAGGAGGUGGGCGAUGGAGAUGCAAGAAGAGCUUGGGUUUUGGCGGUUUUCCAAGAUUCAAAGGAUAAGGAAUGGAAGUUUCAACGAACGAUUUCCACAAGUGGCGCUUCAGAAUACAGGCUUAACGGGCAAGUUGUAACCUACUCCGCGUAUAAUGCCGCCCUCGUCUCGCAUAAUAUCCUUGUCAAGGCCAAGAACUUUUUAGUAUUUCAGGGCGAUGUCGAGGCGGUGGCAUCUCAAUCUCCGAAAGAGCUCUCGCGGCUCAUUGACCAGAUCAGUGGCUCGCUUGAAUUGGCCGGUGAAUACGACAAAGCGAAGGAGGCACAGGAACGAGCCACAGAAAACGCGACGUUCAAUUUCACUAAGCGGAGGGGUAUUGCAGGCGAGAUCAAGCAGUACAAGGAACAAAAAAGUGAGGCGGAACGAUUUGAGGCCAUGUGCCAGGAGCGCGACGAGAUGAUUUUGCACCGUAUCUUGUUCAAGUUGUUCCACAUUCAGAAAGCGUUGGACGAGCACGUACAAGCGAUAAAGGACCAGAACAGAGCAUUGACUGGGCUCCGAGACGAACAACGCCAGCACAAUCAGGCAUUCGAAGAAGCGCGUGCUGAACAGGCAAGGGCGCGUUCGGCCGUGAUGCAGAAGGAGAAAAGAAUCAAGAAGGCCGAGAAAGCGCUUGAAGCCAAGAGACCAGAUCUAGUACAGGUGGAUGCACAGAUCAAGCACUCGGAGAGGAGGCGAGAUAAUGCUUCCAAAGAAAAGGAGAAGGCUGAACAGGCGGCCCAAAAACAAAGGGACCAGCUCCGAGUGCUGCAAGCUGACCUUGAUAGAGUCCAGAGGGCUGCAAAUGAUGCUCAAGGCCGGUUCAUUCUCCCUAAGACACAAAGAAGGGCUGCACAGAGCAAUCUAUCACUAAGUGAGGAAAGUCUAGAGGAAUACCGUCGAUUGAAAGCGCAAGCAAGCGUCCUCGCUGUAGAGGAACGCCAGUCUCUGGAUACACUCACUCGUGAUGAGAAGACGGCAUCCCGGACUUUGGCGCAGCUAAAGGACAAGCAUGAGCAGCAGACUCAACAGGCGGAGAAGCUACGUCAAGAUAGGCAAACGCAGAACGACAAGAAAGCGGAGGCGCAAGCUAAAGUCGCAGAAGUCAACGAGGCGCUUACGAAAGCGAAACAAGAGUUGGAUAACCAACACGCGGAACGUACCAGAAUUACGAAACUGGAGAACGAGAUCAACGAGAAGCUGCUUGACGUACACAAUAAGCUGCUUCAGGCUGGCGUUGAUCAGAAGGAGUCGGAGAAGGAAAGCAGGAUGAAAGAGACUCUCAUGAAUUUGCAGCGUAUAUUCCCAGGUGUCCGCGGCAGAGUAAUCGAUCUUUGUAAGCCUACUCAGAGAAAGUACGAGACUGCCGUCUCAGUUGUCCUGGGUCGUAAUAUCGAUGCUAUCGUAGUGGACGAGGAGAAGACCGCGAUUGACUGCAUCGAGUAUAUGCGUAAUCAACGUGCAGGUCAAGCCACGUUCAUCCCGCUAGAUACUAUCCAAGCAAAGCCAAUUAACGACAAGUACCGGUCUUUUGCAAAGGGUGCGAGACUCGCUCUCGACAUUAUCCAGUAUGAGCCCGCGGUCGAACGCGCGAUGCACCACGCAUGUGGUAAUGCCCUUGUGUGUGACACGUUGGAGAUUGCUCGGUACGUAUGCUAUGAGAAGGGCCAAGAAGUCAAGGGUCUCCAACGCGUCCGGGAUAAUCUAAUGAGCCAGCUCCGGGACCUCAACAAGUCGAAGCCUCGCGGUCAAGCCGACGACAAUCUAAUCAAUGAGAUCUCUCGCCUGGAAUCUGCUCAGACGGUUGCAAAAGAUGAUUUGGCUGCAUGCAAGCUUAGACUGGAUGGCAUCAAAGAUGAGCUCAAACAUGUUGACAGGGAAAUUAGAAGAUCGGAGCCAGAACUUCGGACGGCGCAAACAGCAUACAAUUCUCUCAAAGAGAGGGUUGAUGAGCUUGCGAGUAUAAUCAAUGCUGCAGAGGACGAGAUUUUCGCAAGCUUUUGCGAGACUAUUCGCGUGCCGAACAUUCGAGAGUACGAGGAGCGUCAGCUGAAGGUUGCCCAGGCUGAAAGCGAGGCACGACUGCAAUUCGACACACAGAUUGCUCGUCUGACCCACCAAUCCAAAUUCGUGGAGGAGCAGCUGCACAUGACAGAAGAUCGUUUGCGCACGAUCGAGUCUGUGGUUAACACGGAAGAUGAAAAUAUCACGAAGUAUAUAGAAUCCCAAGCCAAUAUCCGGGAAGAAAUAUCUUCUGCGGAACAGUCACUCGACAAAUUACAGGACGAGCUGAAGGAGUCUAACGAGGUCUUGGAGGCGAAGUCUAAAGUGGUUGAACAGCUCAAGCGUACUACCAUGAAGGCUGGCAAGGUGUUGGAUCAGGCUUUGAAAGACAUUGCUAACAGAAACGACGAGAUCGAAAAGCUCGGGUUGGAACGCUCAAGUAUAUAUCGGAAAUGUAGGUUGGAUGAGGUUCGGCUUCCCUUGAUCGAAGGAAAUCUGAAGAAUGUCCCCAUGGAAGAGAAUCUGCGGGAGGAGGUUGCUAUGGACGUAGACGAAGAAGAGGAAGGUAGCCAGCAUGCGAAACGAAUUCCUGAUUACGGCAUUGAAGUCAACUUCGAGAGUCUUGAGGAGGACGAGCGGGAGGAUGGAUCGAAUGAAACUCUUGCUGAGCUGGACGCAUCGAUCUCCAAGCUGAAUGGAGAGAUUGAGCAUAUGGCGCCUAAUUUGAAAGCUAUGGACAGGCUCGACGACGUGGAGAACAAACUCAUGGAGACCGAGAGGGAGGCUGAUAAGGCUCGCAAGGACUCUAAGAGUGCUCGCGAUCACUUCAAUGAUGUUAAGCGUCGCCGCUGUGAAUUGUUCAAUAAAGCAUAUAGCCAUAUCUCUGAGCGCAUCGAUCAAGUGUAUAAAGACCUCACAAAAGGUAAAGCAGCGCCGAUGGGAGGCGUAGCAUACCUAAGUUUGGAGGAUAGUGAGGAACCUUACACGGCUGGUAUCAAAUAUCAUGCCAUGCCACCGAUGAAACGUUUCCGAGAUAUGGAACAGCUUUCUGGAGGAGAAAAGACGAUUGCUGCCCUUGCCUUGUUAUUUGCAAUUCACAGUUAUCAACCAUCACCAUUCUUCGUGCUUGAUGAAGUUGAUGCGGCCUUGGACAACACGAACGUGGCGAAAAUCGCGAAUUACAUUCGAUCUCAUGCUUCUGAAUCAUUCCAGUUCGUCGUCAUCAGUCUCAAAGGAUCGUUGUACGAGCGCAGCAAUUCACUUGUUGGAAUUUACCGAGACCAGGAGGUCAAUAGUUCACGCACACUGACUCUCGACCUCACUCAAUACGACGAGUAG